AUGGAUUCACUAUCUACAAUCAAAAUAAAUGACAAAUCAUCAUUUGAAUCCACGCCCAAUGCUACAGAAACCGCCAUUGAAGAUGUUGAAAUCAGCAUUUUUGAUGCUGAGAAGUAUUUCAACGAAGAAUUGAACGACCUCAAAAUAUCAGUAGAGAAGAAGAAGCCUGAAUCUCGUGAUCCACUUUCUUCUCCGGCGGAAGCCAGCUGGAACAGCCAAACCGCGCUCCUCACCACGACCGCCGCGGCGCGCCGCCGCGCGAGCAAAGCGUGGUUCGCCGCUAAGAAGUGGAUUCUGAGAAGAAGAAGAUGCUGCUGCGACGGCGAAUCGAUUCGAAUGAAGGAGGUGAUCGCCUCCGAUUCGGAUCAAAUUAGGCCGAUUGUGGUGAUGGAUUCAGUCAAAUCCAGCUGCAACAGAAACUCUAAAACCGUGCAUGCAGAUCACAGCUACGAGCAAGACGACGUCGUUGAGAUACAUCGAAUUAUGGCAUCGGAGGCGGCGCCAGGUCAGCAGCGGAUACUGGCGACGGGGAGGCCAUUCAUCAACGCCACCGUCAGUUUCACUUUCCCCAUCCUCAGCUCCGUCGCCGCCGCUAAAGAGGACGACGUCGGAAGCGAUGCCAGCUCGGAUUUAUUCGAGAUUGAAGCGUUUUCUACUCAAAUGGCGUCGUCUUGUCCGAUCCAAUUGUUGACUGAUUCGGUUGAUGGAAAUUCAAGCCGCGAUAGAAAAUCAGCGCCGGUGAACGGACUCCUCCGUAGCCGGCUAAGCGUUUCGGCUAGCGAGUGUCGUCCCUCCGGUGGGGAAUCGGAGGAGAGUGUGGAGGCGUUAAGGCCGUCGCCGGAGGAGGCGGGUGGCGGCGAGGGAAGGAGGAAGAGUGACGGUGGGGCGACGUCGAUGAGCUGCCGGGAGGGACCGGGGCCGGGGAGCUCUCGAUCGCCGCCGUUGGUGACGGCGGGUGGAUGA